AUGUGACGCAGUGACUGACGUACACCUGUCCCGCCUCAGAGGGCGUGGCUUGGUGACGUUUCAGGACACAGGGAGGACUCUCCGAAAAACAACUUUGAGAUCAAAACAAUCUCUGAAUAACAAGCAACACAGAAGGAUCAUUUGGGUAUAACGGCCACACCCGAGGAAAUAAUUUAUUUUAUUUAAUCAGAUAGCUGAGUUUGAAGAUGUUCGGAAAGCUUCUCUCUCAGCUGCUCUGGAACGCUGGGGAGGAUUUGGAGGCAGCGGACUCUUAUGAGGAGCUGAUGGAGAGUGAGGAGGGAGGAUGGAUCAUCGUUAAUCUGCCAGAGAACGAGCCCCUGUCGGCCCCCCCGGCGGGCCCCCUGGAGAACCUGCUGAUCGAGCACCCCAGCAUGUCCGUGUACCAAAUGAGAUGCAUGAUGAGCGGAGAGGAGGAGGUUGGCUCUGACGAAGAGGAAGAGGAAGAGGACACCUCCAGGCCGGUGGUGGUGAGGCGGCACAUCUCCUGGCGCCUGGCUGCCUGGGGGCUCCCUCUGCCCGGCCACCUCCAGCUGCUGGCUGUGCAGAGGGCCGGCGCCCAGGCUGAGAGGAAGAAGCUGAGCCGCGGAGGCCUCCACAGGCAGAACCUCGCCAAGAUGCGCUUCUCCCCCACAGAGAAGCGCUACGGACACUUCAAGCAGCCCUGCCAGCGCCUCUGCAACAACUAAACAGGAAAGGGGGGGGGGGGCUUCAAGGUGCCUCCACCACAGCCCAGUUGUGCAGCACAGUGCCUUGACUCUGACAUACUCAGGUUUUCAAACCAUUGUUUCACCUCACACAGAUCAUUUAGCAUAAAGCAAAGCACAAUCAGAUUCACCACUUCCUGUGCAGUUUGAUUUAAAUGUCAUUAUCAGCAACCUGCACUGCAGCUGAAACCACUGAGAACAAUCAUUCUUGAACUCCUGAUGACAGUCGGUCCCUCAGGUUGGAGAGCAUUAGUUUGGAUUCCUUAGGUAGGGCUUUUAGGAAGUGUGUGUGUGUGUUAUUCUAAACGUGUUGUAACUGAGCGAGGAUUCACAUAUGAAAACUUCAAACCUGUAGAGUGAUUUUUAAUGCAAUAUCUACGAUGCCGUUGGAUUAUCAUGGCACAGUUUGAAUGUAUUAUUUCAUGUGCCUUAGUUUUAGAUGUAACAAGUGUUUUAAAGCUCGCACCAUGCCACGGUGAGCUGUACAGUCAUUAUGUCGGGUGAAAACCCCCGGGUUUGUGUUUUGAUUACCCACUAUUUUCAUGUCACACAAAUUGUUCAUUUUAGACGAGUGUAAAUACAGUCGAAUAUUAUGUUUUUCUAUGAGUGUAUUUAUAAAAUGUACCAAAAAAUGAAA